AAAAUAAAAAAAAUAAAUAUCAUAACUCCACCCUAUGUUAUCUCGAGGAGAUACAGAGCAUAGCCCAAAGCUUAUCUUUUUGGCGGCAGCAAUUUGAAGAACACAUUACAGUUGCUUUUAAUAGCAAUCAAAUUCCCAAUUUUUUCCAUGGCAGUCUGUACUUCUUUUCUACCCAUCAUCUCUUUCAGUCCAAUCUCUUCGUCUACAUCUUCAUCUUCAUCAUCAUCAUCAUUGCUAUUUUUGGGUCCUUCUCCUGUAAAAACCCAUCAUCAAGGUAGCUUAAUAAUGAGUCAGCGGAGCUCAUUUAGACGAUUGUUUAUCAACUGUUCGGCUUCAUCUGACAUGGGUUCCCCCCCAGACCCCAUGAACUUCAGGCAUAAUCACAUGUCAUCAAUGGCUCCCUUUGGAAUGCAAAUGAAUGACAAACCAUCUUAUAAAUGGCAAAGGGUUUUGCUUAAAGUAAGCGGAGAAGCACUUGCAGGAGAUCACUCUCAAAAUAUUGACCCAAAGAUUACAAUGGCUAUUGCAAGGGAGGUUGCAUCAGUGACUCGCCUGGGCAUUGAGGUUGCAAUAGUGGUUGGUGGGGGUAAUAUUUUCCGUGGAUCAUCUUGGGCAGGAUGUAGUGGGCUUGACCGUUCAUCUGCUGAUUACAUUGGAAUGUUAGCAACUGUAAUGAAUGCUAUAUUUCUUCAAGCAACAAUGGAGAGUAUUGGCAUCCCAACACGUGUUCAGACUGCAUUUCGUAUGUCAGAGGUUGCAGAGCCAUAUAUACGUCGAAGGGCUGUGAGGCAUUUGGAGAAAGGAAGGGUCGUCAUCUUUGCAGCUGGAACUGGUAAUCCGUUCUUCACCACAGAUACUGCUGCAGCCCUUCGUUGUGCAGAAAUCAACGCAGAGGUUGUGCUGAAAGCCACAAAUGUUGAUGGGGUUUAUGAUGAUGAUCCUAGGCGUAAUCCAAAUGCCCGUCUUCAUGAUACACUAACUUAUAAUGAGGUGACUUCAAAAGAUCUUUCAGUGAUGGACAUGACUGCCAUUACUCUGUGCCAAGAAAAUAACAUUCCUGUUGUUGUCUUCAAUUUAAACAAACCGGGUAACAUCUCAAAAGCAAUAAAGGGUGAGAGAGUUGGUACAUUGAUUGGAGGAACAUGGAAUUCAACAGUGGCGAGGACAUAAAGAAGAUACUUGGUGCAGUUACCUAUCAGUGUAGUGGCUUCUCCCUACUUUGCUUUUCCUUUUUGAAAAAGAAAGUAUUGGAUGGUAAUUCAUUGCUCAAGCAUAAUGAGAGGUUUUGAAGAGGAAGUUUCCUGGAGCUCACAUUUGAAAAACCCAAAAUGAAAGCAUGAAGCGUGAAAUCCAUUCCACUCUUUGACAGAUUAAGAUAAUAUCACUGCUGAUUUUUUUACAUAAAAUUGGUGGAAUUUUGCCUUGUUUGAACAUUGUAGCAAUGUCAAUCAAACAGUAAUUCUUCAAUGACUUUGAUAUGUUAAGUUUAAUGUUUAAUGUUAGUGGUAAGCAGUCGCAAAGGACA